UUAGCAGCUACCACACAACAAUCCAAGUUGUCUUUUUGAAGCUUGGGGAUUUAAAUGUCCGAGAAGAGUUCAUCCGGUUCGGAUGAGGAUGUGGACCCGGAAUCCGGGCAGACUGUGGAGCUCGGAGGCGUCUUAAGCAAGUGGACGAAUUACAUCCACGGAUGGCAGGACCGAUGGGUCGUGUUGAAAAACAACACUUUGAGCUACUACAAGUCGGAGGAUGAACGGGAAUACGGCUGCAGGGGGUCUCUGUGCCUCAGCAAGGCUGUCAUCACACCUCAUGAGUUUGACGAGUGUCGUUUUGACAUCAGCGUGAACGACAGUGUUUGGUACCUCAGAGCUGAAGAUCCUGAGCACAGACUCCAGUGGAUUGAGUCAAUAGAGCUGCACAAGGCCGAGUCUGGUUAUGGUUCAGAAACCAGCCUCCGGCGUCAUGGUUCCAUGUUGUCUCUCACUUCAGCAGCCAGUGCCUUGUCUGCCACAUCCACAUCCUCUUUCAAGAAGGGGCACAGGUUGCGUGAGAAGCUAGCAGAAAUGGAAACCUUCCGGGACAUUCUGUGCAGACAAGUCGACACCCUGCAAAAAUACUUUGACUCCUGUGCUGAUGCUGUCUGCAAAGAUGAAUUUCAGAGAGACAGAGUAGAGGAGGAGGACGAGGAUGACUUUCCUACCCCGACAAGAACUGAUGGUGAAUAUAAUCACAACAACAAUGGCAGUAAAGAAAAAUUGUUUGCUCCUGCCAGUCCCAAAGGUAUGAACGGGAUAGACUUCAAGGGUGAGGCCAUCACCUUCAAGGCCACCACAGCAGGCAUCCUGUCCACCUUGUCCCACUGCAUCGAACUGAUGGUCAAACGAGAAGACAGCUGGCAGAAGAGGCUGGAUAAGGAGCUAGAGAAGAGGAGGAGGGUAGAAGAUGCCUACAAGUCUGCUGUGAAUGAGCUGAAGAAAAAGUCACACUACGGAGGUCCUGACUAUGAGGAGGGGCCUAACAGUCUGAUCAAUGAGGACGAGUUCUUUGAUGCGGUGGAAGCUGCGCUGGAUAGACAGGACAAGAUAGAGGAGCAGUGCCAGUCAGAGAAGGUCAGGAUACCUCGACUAACUCCCGUUCCUCCCGGGGAUGCCUACUCCACCAUCGGUACACAUCAAUUUGCCAACAAGCCCCAUAGCCAUUCUUCUUCCCUGUCCUCCAUUGAGCUAGUCAGUGCGUCAGAUGACAUUCACAGAUUCAGCGUUCAGGUGGAGGAGAUGGUGCAGAAUCACAUGACUUACUCUCUUCAGGAUGUGGGUGGAGAUGCCAACUGGCAACUAGUAAUAGAAGAAGGAGAGAUGAAGGUGUACAGAAGAGAGGUAGAGGAGAACGGUAUUGUGCUGGAUCCUCUUAAAGCCACACAUGCUGUGAAGGGGGUGACAGGACACGAGGUCUGCCACUACUUCUGGGACACUGAUGUCCGAUUGGACUGGGAGACCACCAUUGAAAAUUUCAACGUUGUGGAAACCCUCUCUGAUAAUGCGGUCAUUGUUUACCAGACACACAAGAGAGUGUGGCCUGCCUCUCAGAGAGACGUGCUCUACCUGUCAGCCAUCAGGAAGAUCUUAGCAACAAACGAAAAUGAUCCUGACACGUGGCUGGUCUGCAACUUUUCUGUGGACCACGACAAUUGCACUCCCACAAACCGGUGUGUCCGUGCCAAAAUCAAUGUCGCCAUGAUCUGCCAAACGCUGGUCAGCCCACCAGAGGGUGACAAAGAGAUCAGCAGAGACAACAUCCUUUGUAAGAUCACCUAUGUUGCCAAUGUGAACCCAGGUGGUUGGGCUCCAGCCUCAGUCCUCAGAGCCGUGGCCAAGAGAGAGUAUCCCAAGUUCCUCAAACGCUUCACCUCCUACGUCCAGGAUAAAACUGCUGGGAAACCCAUCCUCUUCUGAACAUAAAGAGGCUGGCGGAGGGCCAAGUUUGCCCACAUGAGAGGCUACAAUGUUUAACAUUGAACAUGCUUUUGAUGACUACAUGAUCCGUUCACCUGUCGAUUAGAAGGUGUUUUCAGACUUACUACAUGCAGGACACCAUAUCAUCCAGGACGUCCCUCAGGACACCUGCUUGUAGGAGAGACUGGUUCUACGGCUUCAAUCUAUCAGUAGUUGUCAUCCCAGCCACAUUAUAAUGGCUUAACACCAUCUGUUGGUCAUGGGUACAUUUGUAUGUAAAUUCAAGAGUUUCCUAAGUGGUUUUUGAAUUGUUGUAACCAAUUAUUUGCUUUUUUUUUGUAAAUUGUUUUGUACAUUUCUUAUGAUUACAUCUUUUUUGGGUUUGCUUUAAUCACUAGUAUUACAGCUACUUAUUUUGCUGCUGCUAAAGUAACUACCAUGAGAGAGGAAAGUAGAUAUUGACAGAAUAAGCAUUGAGGUGUGGUGCAGUAUCUCCUCUUUCCUGCCUUCUCCUGUCCCUCUGGUGACGACUCUCUUUACAGUUUGAUGGAGGGUCAGAGUCUAAAGCUUUGAAAUCUUUAUAUUUCUAGAUUGUUAUAAAGUAGCUAUGGGAGAGAAAAAUGGACACAAUGUAUUGUACAGAGAAAACAGAAUACAUUCUCAGUUAGUUUACCAAUAUGAGAAAUGUGAAUUGACUGUUAAACACUUGAAUUUGAUGACAGUAAUGGGCCAAGGAAACCUGAAGUGGGAGAUCAGGAGCAUUUUCUAAGUGUUAACACAGGUUAGAUUUUUUUUCACACAGUUUAACUGAUAAUCAAUUGGAUAUCUACGAUGUAGUUGACUAUAGAUGCUAAGUUGUGGCCUAUUGUAAGUGUGUAUCUGUAUGUAACUUCUUGGUAACGUACAGUAUCUGACAGAUAUUUGCAAAUGGCCAGGCUUAGUGUUGAAACUUCCUCUCUUUCAUUGAGAGAUGGGUUUGUACAUUUUGUACAGCCAAGGUUGUUUUUCACCAUUUUCACCCCCUGAUGAGGCAGCAAAAAAAAAAAAUCUGUCCAUUCAGCUUUGUAAAUUAGUCCGAUAUCAACGACACCCAACGCUCUAACCUAUACUCUAAUAUUACAUUUCAUAAGCCACACUACAGCACAGUGGCCUCCUGCCCUUUGACUGAUAAACUACCCCCAGAAUGCCUUAGACACCAGGACGAACCCUAAAAAAAAAUCCUGGUUAUCUCUACUGUACAGACACCAGAUGUGCAUUUAUCAACACUGAAAUGAAGUGAGGGCGGGGGGGAUGGUCAGCAUUUCACAUCAUCUUACCUCAAGAUUUAAAUUUACUCUAGAUUGUGUUUGAUGCCAUCAAAAGUUGGGAGUUUUGCAAUCAGUGGAUCUGCAUAGUUGAAAAUUCACCAUCAGAUUUUUGGUCUAAGGGGUCAGAGGUUAGGAAGGAUCUGGAUAAUUGUUUCGCUGAUGAUUACAACGGCUAGAUCUACGGGCAAUGUCAGCCGAAGAAUGCAUUUAGUGUUUUUAAUUUUGAUAUUUUGUCAGUAAUCUUCACACUUUGUAUAUUUCUAAGUUGUACAUCAGAAGUGUUAUUAUUUGAACUAAAUGUAAUGCAAUUUGACAAUGUUCUGUAAAUUAAAAAAUUGUUACACAAGU